AUGUCAGAUAGAAGUGGUAAUGGCAAGGGAAAGGGUAUGGGUAAGGGACCAAACUGUAGCUCCGUGCCUGUUCCUUUUCCUCGUAGGCCAUCCUCUGGCGAUAGUGGAGCUCCACGACACAAAACUUCACGUACACAUGUCACACGAGAGAUAGGAUCGGGAGUUGCAGGCUCGAAUAGAAGGGGUGCUAUUAACCAACAAACAAAUAGGGAUGAUCCACUUGCGGAUAUGGUAGGGGUGAUUUAUAGCACACUCAACCCACAUGGGGUUUCCAUUUUUGGAGGACAAGGCAAGGAGCACGCCGAUUACUACUAUGAUCAAGACUUUGAUGUCGACAUUAUGAGGAGAUCCUCGCCACGUGUGCCGAAUACGCUGCAUACGCCACAUUCGAUGGCUCUACCGUGGGUGCUUCACAUGAGUCUACAUUGCCAUUUAUCACCCGAAACGGCUACGCAUCACCCGUGGCCAGUUUUUUCAAAGAUCCCAUUGCAGUUACGCACACAGAUGUUUGAGCGUUUCCGGACUUUGUAUCGGUGGUAUCCGACAGAAGAGGAGAGGAUCUACCAAGGCUUUGAGAAUAUUUUGAAGAAGCGCGACCGUGACCGGAUGAGGGACGUUAGGGAUGUUUCAUUCGUUUUAGCAGAACAAGGUGGCCACUAG